AUGGGCUCUAGACCGUUCUUCUUGAGGGCGUCGGCUGCACUCCUCGAAGUGCUCGCCUGCUGUUCGUGGUUUUCCGUAUCACCUGCGGUAUCGUUUUCGUCGCCGCCCUCGCGCGGACUUGUUCUCGACUCUCUGGCGACAGUUGGCCCGUCACCCAUUGCUUCGUCUCUCCUCGUGCAGAAUCGCGCGUCGUCACCGAGUCGUCUUUUCUCACAACUGGGAUCCAGGCGCAGCAACCUGCGGGGACCGGAAAACGACUUUGCGUCUUCCGCAGCUUUCCUCGUCUCCACAGCGGGAGCGAGAGACAACCUCUCCACUCCCGACCUCACCCGUCGAUUGCAGAACUCCGCAAGUGCCUUCAAGCCCAGGAGCCAGAGCUCGCCUCAGAGCCGCCUGCGGGCGACGCCCGCAGCCUCACAAGGGGGGCUGAGGAAGAAGCGCCUAGACAGCUUGAGUCCCAGCGAGUUGCGAGGCAAGCGUGUGCUGGUACGAGCCGACUUGAACGUUCCUCUGGAGGUUAAGCAGGAAGGUGCGGAAGAAGUGGUUUCCAUUGCAAAUGAUGCUCGCAUCAGGGCAUCUUUACCCACCCUGCGGUAUUUGGUGGACAGCGGCGCAAAGACGAUCGUGUGUUCCCACCUCGGCCGGCCGAAAACAGAGCAAGACAGACAGAGGCUUUCCUUGAAACCGGUCGCCGAGCGUUUGCAGAGCCUCCUCGGGAAUGCCCGAGUGUUCAUGGCUCCAGCUGUCGUCGGGCCCGAGGUCGAGGCUAUGGCAGAAAAGCUGGAAAAAGGCGACAUCUUGCUCCUCGAGAAUGUGCGGUUCGAAAAGGGUGAGACGAAGAACGAUGAAGAACUGUCUCGGGCGUUUGCGAAGCUUUCGGACAUGUACGUGAACGACGCAUUCGGCACAGCUCAUCGAGCCCACGCUUCCACUGCCGGCGUUACGAAGUUCCUUCGACCUUCUGUCGCCGGCUUCCUUCUGCAUCAGGAACUCGAGUACCUUUCUACGGUAGUGGCCAAUCCCGUUCGGCCAUUCGCAGCGCUGGUCGGCGGAGCGAAGGUCUCCUCCAAGCUCGGCGUUCUGCGCGCUUUGAUUCAACAAGUCGACAAGCUUGUCAUCGGGGGUGCCAUGGCAUUCACUUUCCUGAAGGCUCGAGGCAUCAAAGUCGGAGCGUCCCUUGUGGAAGAUGACCAGCUGGAGGCUGCUCUGCAAAUGGAGGCGCUGGCCAAGGAGAAGGGCGUGGAACUGAUUAUUCCUGACGACGUUGUCGUGGCAGAUCGCUGCGCACCAGACGCGCAGACAGCUGUCGUGCCUGUGACGGAAAUCCCCGACGGCUGGUUGGGCCUCGAUAAUGGGCCGCAGACCACGGCAAGAAUCGUCCAGUCACUCCAAGACUGUAAAACGGUCCUCUGGAACGGUCCAAUGGGCAUGAGCGAGUACGAGCCGUUCGCCGCUGGCACGCAGGACGUUGCAAAAGCUCUCGCUGAGAUCACCAGACGGGGGGCUACGACGGUCGUCGGCGGAGGCGACUCUGUGGCGGCGAUUGAGCGGCUCGGUCUUUCCCGCGAAUUCUCGCAUGUUUCCACCGGGGGCGGAGCGUCGCUCGAACUCCUCGAGGGCAAGUUGCUGCCAGGAGUUGCAGCCCUCUCGGACGAGGAAGAGACGAACUGA